AUGUCCAUUGAAGCUGAAAAAGGGGUCAUUUACCACUCGGCAAGCAAGUCGUCAAUUCCCAGCACUGAGGAUGAGAAACAUGUUGCCAUGUCUGUGGAAGAACGAAGCAUAGCAGAAGCUGCUGCCCGCUAUGGCUACGGCCCUUUGGCUGGGAAAAGAUCUCAGCUCAGCCCAAUUGUGAAUUAUUCUCCGCCUGGAAAGACCCAGGCUCCGGCUCCACGGAAAUUUGCCAAUCCAGCUCCUCUUGGCCUGUGUGCUUUCGCACUUACAACCUUUAUUCUGAGUUUGAUUAAUAUGCAAGCUCGGAAUGUUCGUGCGCCGAAUCUUGUUAUAGGAUCAGCAUUUGCGUACGGUGGUUUUGUGCAACUAUUAACUGGCAUGUGGGAAAUGGCUUCUGGUAAUACCUUUGGUGCUACUACAUUCUCAUCAUAUGGGGCUUUCUGGAUUUCAUACGGGAUUGUAUUCACUCCAGGAGGCUUUGACAUCGUAUCAAAUAUUACAAAAAUAGACGGUGGAACUGGAUUAAACAAUGUUAUUGGGUUCUGGCUCAUAGCGUGGUUUAUCUUUUCUACGAUGAUGCUGUCCUUGACGGUUAAGACAAACUGGGCGUGUUUUCUACUGUUCGUUUGUCUUGAUAUGACAUACUUGCUACUUGCCAUUGGUUACUUCCAAGAGUCUGCGCCAGGAGUUCCAUACGCGCCGCUAAUCAAAGCUGGCGGCUUCUUCGGCCUGCUCGCUGCUUUCCUGGCAUGGUACGGCGCUCUUGCCGAGCUAGCAGAUGAGACAAACAGCUUUAUUAGAUACCCUGUAGGGACUUUGCCCUGGGUUAACGCCGGACGCGCGAAAGCCGAGCGAGACAUGGUCUGA